CACCAGAAUUGAUUUUUAUCGCGCAUACGGGAGCGUCACAUCCGGGAUUUCUUAGGUAGGAUGGCGGUGAAUCUUUCUGUAGAACCGUUUACAGACCGUCGCAUCAAGGAGUUUACAGCUCAAGCCGGAGAGGUCUUUGCAGAAAAACAGACACACAGCCAGAAAUGGAGCGAGCGAGUUCAACAGAUUGAUUUUACGAAGACUGCAGACGAACUCAAGGCAAUAUUAGCUGCGAAACAGACUGAGGACGUAGCUGAAGAAGGUGGGAAUACAGAGAAGGUGCAGUGGCCGUGGGAGGACGUAUCACAACGUCUCAGGCAAGCUAUGACAGAAGUGUCCGUUCUGUCUGACGUACUAAAGGUGGUGCAGCAUCAAAAUUAUAUGACUCUGGUGCCUGUGGUGCAGGAGCCUUCUAAGCCACCAGUGGCAGUGAAAUUGAAAGGGAAACAGAAGGCAUUGUUGUGUGCUGCAUCUGUGCUGCUGGGUGGCUCGGAGGCUAUGGAAGGGCGAGUCCAGUCAGGUGGUGACAAGUGUGGUUCGGUUGCUGAUCUGUUUGUGUCUGAGUUGGCUUGUUUGAGGAAACGGUGGAAAGUGAGGAGGAUUGGUCAAGCUAUAGUAGGCAACAUCGGAGAACAUUUUGGUGAACUGCAGCGUCACGUCUCAAUGCAGUUUGAAAUCAGACGGGUCGAAGAGAACCACAAACUUACCGACUCAAAGUCUGAUGAUACUGGCAGUCAACUUCAAGUUAUUAUCCCACGCGAUCUAGAAAGUCAGGCUCACCUACAUUUGUAUGUAAGUCAAGGCACAGAUGUGCCGAACCUGGAUGGAAAGGUGUGCGCACAGUCAUUAUGUUCGCGAAGGCAGUCGAAUUCGUGUCCACUAUGGCAUCAUCAGUUGCAACAGGCACAAGAUCUACUUUCUGUCAGACAGGCGUAUCUGCUGUUGACUCAGGAAGCCUUCAGCAGUGACUCGGAUAUUCAUAGUAUCACAAAUGGAAACGUUAUGCAUAUACGAUUGUUUCAGGAUUUAUGGUUUACCAUUGCUUGCCUCGAAAGCAGUACUCCGAAUGUUGAUGAACAGAGUGUACGAUCUCGGGGUUUGAAUCGUGUUCUUUCUCUUGAGUUGAUUCUCUACCAGCAUUUGUGCAGACGCCAGAGUCGAUCUCGUAGUGAGCCGCCCUGCCCUGUUUCUGUCAGCACGCAUCUCUCGGAGACAAAGAUGGCACUGACUCGUAGCGGUAGGAGUCAAACCGGCCUCACUGGUAACAGCCUCUUGGCACGUGUUGUAAUGGUUGCUCGUCACGUCGCUUUAUAUCGAAGAGUUCUUGGCAUGCUUGACAAGUUGUCUUGUAUAGUGCGAGAACCCAUGUUGGGCGUGCAUUGCGGUCACGUGUGCUCGGCUUUGCAGUCGGUCAUUCACGUGACGGUCGGAUCGUCUAGAAAACACGAGAUCUUAUUGAACGGUUUAUCGGACACCGUCGUUUUGCUUCGCGUAUUGGUGACCGGAUGUGGUGUAUCUGCUGUUGGUUCGGAUGGUCAGACUAUGGGUGCUACGUCCAGUAUGAACCGAUUGCGACAGUUUGUUUUACAUCAAGUCUGCAGGCAUCUCUUUUGCGUGGCUACUGCUGUCAUUGAGCAGACUGGGUGGCACACACUUUGUAAGUCAUUUCACACCGUAGGCGAUCAGACAACAGAAAACAAAGCUUCACAUCCAGGAAUCUUGGCAGCUAGUCCUUGUCGCAAAUGGAUUGUGGCUCUUCGAUUUUUGUCCGAACGAUGGCCGGUUGUUAAGUUUGAGUUUGCAGGGCAAUCUCUCGAGCCUGACCAGUCUGCACAGACUGUACGAGCUGGCAAAUUUUUGACAACUGAUUUUGAUCAAGCGUUUGCAGAGAAGCUUAUCAAAAUGUUGUGUAUGCAGACAUAGCUGGUAGUUGUCAAUGUUACUCUCAAUUUUGCAUAAACCUCAUAUGUUUGAUGGAUGGUUGAGCUAGAGUGGAGACAGGCAGGUAUUAGUAGAGUGCCGUCAAACAAUGGCAGUUGUAUCAUAAAUGAAAAAUAUAUUAAUUUCAGCGGUGGU